GGCUUUAGGAGACGUGAGAACUCUCUGUGGGAGAGAUUUGGACUUAUUUUUAUUACCAAAAAAUAAACCAAAAAAUUUCUUAUUAAGAUAAUUUCCGCUCAGACAAUAAUAAGCUUUACGGAGAACAUGGAUGCUGUUAUGUUUGUUUUAACCCUGUUUUCAUCGUUUUUACAACUUUAUGUAAUGUUUGCAGCCCUAAAACAUAUCAAAAGGAAAACUAGUGAUAAGUGUUUGCAUAUAUCAGCUUUAAUGCACAUUUUGUGUUGGAUCGGCUUGAUAGUUUCGUCAUUAUCUCUAGUCUUUUUGAAUUUGGACAAGUUGAUCUUCUUCCGGUUUCCUUUGAGAUAUUCCACUUGUUUCACUCGAGCACGUGCAAUCUAUUUAGCUUUGGGUUGUUGGUUUUUAAGCACAGCUUUUGUGCUAUUCGCUUGGUCAACAGAAUCAUUCCAUUGUGUAGACGAGGAUUGCGUAACGUUAGCAAUAUUUCCAAAUCGUCUCUAUAUUUAUUUACCUUUUAUGAUUUGUGUGGGGGUAAUCCCAACAAUUACAUCUUUAAGCGUUGCGAUUUAUAUUAUGAAGGUAGUCAGUGAACAUAGAAGGCAAAUUAAAUCACAGGGUAAGAGAAAAUACAAAAAUCAGAAUUUUUAUUGA